CAUACAGGCCGCGGCGGCUGGCUAGGGCCCCUACGGUCCCGGCGGCGGCUGGAGGAGGAAGCCAGGCGGCUGGCGGAGGAGGCCGAGGCUGCUCGCGAAGACACUUCCCCGGCUCAGCAGGGAAAGGUUCCUAGGAGGCCAGUACGGACGGUAUGCAAAGUUGUGAAUCCAGUGGUGACAGUGCGGAUGACCCUUUCAGUCGUGGCCUACGGAGAAGGGGACAGCCUCGUGUAGUGGUGAUUGGUGCCGGCUUGGCUGGCCUGGCUGCAGCCAAAGCACUUCUAGAGCAAGGCUUCACGGAUGUCACAGUGCUCGAGGCUUCCAGUCACAUCGGGGGCCGCGUGCAGAGUGUGAAACUCGGACACGCCACCUUUGAGCUAGGAGCCACCUGGAUCCAUGGCUCCCACGGGAACCCUAUCUACCAUCUAGCAGAAGCCAAUGGCCUCCUGGAAGAGACAACCGAUGGGGAGCGCAGCGUGGGCCGCAUUAGCCUCUACUCCAAGAAUGGCGUGGCCUGCUACCUUACCAACCGCGGCCGCAGGAUACCCAAGGACGUGGUUGAGGAAUUUAGUGAUUUAUACAACGAGGUCUAUAACUUGACCCAGGAGUUCUUCCGGCAUGAUAAACCAGUCAAUGCUGAGAGCCAGAACAGUGUUGGGGUGUUCACCCGGGAGGAGGUGCGCAACCGCAUCAGGGAUGACCCUGACGACCCGGAGGCCACCAAGCGCCUGAAGCUCGCCAUGAUCCAGCAGUACCUGAAGGUGGAGAGCUGUGAGAGCAGCUCGCACAGCAUAGACGAGGUCUCCCUGAGUGCCUUUGGGGAGUGGACGGAGAUCCCAGGUGCCCACCACAUCAUCCCCUCCGGCUUCAUGCGGGUUGUGGAGCUGCUGGCUGAGAGCAUCCCUGCGCAUGUCAUCCAGCUGGGGAAACCUGUCCGUUGCAUCCACUGGGAUCAGGCCUCAGCCCGCCCCCGGGGGCCUGAGAUUGAGCCCCGUGAUGAGGGGGACCACAAUCACGACACCGGUGAGGGUGGCCAGAGUGGAGAGGGUCCCCGGCAGGGCAGGUGCAACGAGGAAGAGCAGUGGCCGGUGGUUGUAGAGUGUGAGGAUUGUGAGGUGAUCCCAGCAGACCACGUGAUUGUGACCGUGUCACUAGGUGUGCUCAAGAGGCAGUACACCAGCUUCUUCCGGCCAGGCCUGCCCACAGAGAAGGUGGCUGCUAUUCACCGCCUGGGCAUUGGCACUACUGACAAGAUUUUCCUUGAAUUUGAGGAGCCCUUUUGGGGUCCUGAGUGCAACAGCCUGCAGUUCGUGUGGGAGGACGAGGCUGAGAGCUGCACCCUCACUUACCCACCUGAGCUCUGGUACCGAAAGAUCUGCGGCUUUGAUGUCCUGUACCCUCCAGAGCGCUAUGGCCAUGUGCUGAGUGGCUGGAUCUGUGGGGAGGAGGCACUGGUCAUGGAGAAGUGUGAUGAUGAGGCGGUAGCUGAGAUCUGCACAGAGAUGCUGCGGCAAUUCACAGGAAACCCCAAUAUUCCAAAGCCCCGGCGAAUUCUGCGUUCAGCCUGGGGCAGCAACCCCUACUUCCGAGGUUCCUAUUCAUACACACAAGUGGGCUCGAGUGGAGCAGAUGUGGAGAAGCUGGCCAAGCCCCUGCCCUACACCGAGAGUUCCAAGACGGCGCAUGGAAGCUCCACAAAGCAGCAGCCUGGUCACCUUUUACCAUCCAAGUGCCCAGAACAGUCCCUGGACCCUAGUAGGGGCUCCAUAAAGCCCAUGCAGGUGCUGUUCUCAGGUGAGGCUACCCACCGCAAGUACUACUCCACCACCCAUGGUGCUUUGCUCUCUGGCCAGCGUGAAGCUGCUCGUCUCAUCGAGAUGUACCGAGACCUCUUCCAGCAGGGCCCCUGAGGGCUGUCCUCAUGGCUCACUGCUGAGCAUAUUCCUUAAAGAACUACUAACUCGUGACUGCUGCCCCCCACCUGUGUACUCCUAAUAUCCUAACCCUCUGUAGAACGGAAUACCCUGGCUAGCUUCUGACACCGGCCCUGUAGCUCUUCUCUGGGCCAGGUGGGAUGCUGACUUCUUGUCCCUCCUCCCCCCUUCUCCCUCCAUGUUAUUACAAGUGCCUUCAAUACUUUGCAUUUUGGGAUAAUAAAAGAGGCGAUCCUUCCCAUUCUCCUCAGCUUCUCUCCUCA